GCCCUGUGCUUUCUCCGGCUGUAUAUUCAUUCACGAAUCCAACCUCCGUCGCGUCCAGAUCCUUCGAGUCUUCGCAGCCGAGGCGGCAGUCAGGAUCGACAUUCGCGUUCGUUGCUCUCUGCCGUAAAAACACUCUUCGUCUCUUCCGCAAGCAAGGGGCGGUGUACACGGACAGGGUUUAUUCCUUGCGCUGGAAACUCCGCGAUCAAUUCCGCUACGUCGAUUGCAUCGCAAGCUCGAUACGACAGACCUCUAGCUGACGACCGACUAAUUUUUUCGACGAUAUUCGAGAAGUGAGUCAAAAGUGUUUUUUCGGGGUAGAAGCAGCCCGGCAAGCGAAGAGGCUCCGGGACCAAAGCAACAGGAAGACAUGGGCCCAAUGCCGGAGGCUUCAGGAUCAGGAAUGGCCGACGAGUCGGAUUACUCGACGUUUGAGAAUAAAACCGGCCUUGCCGAGGACAUGAAGUUCUUGGCGAGCAUGCCGGAGCUCUGCGACGUGACUUUCCUCGUCGGCGACACCAGGGAGCCCGUUUGUGCCGUGAAAGCUGUGCUUGCGGCCAGAAGCAGAGUCUUCCACAAAAUGUUAUAUCAAACACCGAGCCCGCAGCGCAAAAAAGAACCGCCACAACGAGAAAAUAAGAUCCGGCUUUUCCUCAAACGCAGCUCCGAGCCGUUGCUAAAUUUGCAAAAUGCGGCGCAGCAACGGUCAGGGUUCACGCAGCAACUGGCCCCCAUCCAAGAGCCGCAAUCGAAUCAGCAUCACACGCUGAUUAUCGAGGAGUUCGAGCCCGACGUCUUCCGGCAGCUGAUCGAGUAUAUUCAUACAGGAUGUGUGACAUUGCAGCCCAGGACAUUGCUUGGUGUGAUGAAUGCCGCCGAUUAUUACGGAUUGGACGAGCUUAGACGUGCUUGCGCCGGCUUUGUUCAAUGCUGUAUUACUGUUGACACGGUCUGCGCUUUGUUGGCAUCAGCGGAGCGUUACAUUCAAUAUAAAUGCACCAAGUCUUUGGUUCAAAAGGUACUGGAAUUCGUCGAUGAACAUGGCAAUGAGGUAUUGAACUUGGGAUCCUUCACAUUACUGCCGCAACACGUCGUCCGGCUGAUCCUCGCCAGAGAAGAAUUACGCGCGGAUGAAUUUACGAAAUUCCAAGCCGCGCUGAUGUGGAGCAAGAAGUAUUGCGACAACAAUCAAACGCCGCUGAAAGAAGUGAUAGGGAAUUUCAUCGAGUACAUCCAGUUUCACAAAAUUCCAGCCACUGUACUGAUGCAGGAGGUGAAUCCGUUGGGUCUGGUGCCGCCGGAGAUCAUCAUGAACGCAUUGGCCUAUCAGAACGACGCGAUCAGACUCUUUAUGAGAGUCUCUGUUGCAGGCAGACCCAACCAGUGUCGACCCCAGGAAACUCUCCCCCCACAGAGUGAGGCGGCAGGGUCGCAGCAUGUCGGUCCAGUCGUCGCUGGAUCCGUACGGCAGCAACACGACCUUGAGCUCGAGCGGCUCCGACGCCGGAUCGGAUCAGAAACAGCAUUCUGGUAGCAACUAACCUCAGGC